AUGAUGGUGAUGCCGAAGCCCGCGCAGCAAAAAGAGGAGCAAGAGGCAAAGGAGAGGAAGGCGUUGGCUGCUCUGUGGUGGUGCACGCAUGGCCCGGCCUGGGUCCAGGCGCUGGGGUGGGAGGAGGCAUCAGCAGCUGGAGGGGACGGGAAACAGCAGCAGCAGCAGCAGCGCCUGCUAGGAGAGUGGGACGGGGUGGGUGUGGACCCAGAACUACAAGGCGUGACGUUGAUUGACCUUCGCCGAAACAACCUGCAAGGAGCAUUACCGCCGGAGAUCGGGGACCUGACGCACCUUCGACACCUCUACUUGGGAGACAAUCAGCUGCAAGGAUCGAUCCCCACGUCGAUCAGCCAGCUGUCGCAGCUCUGUAUCCUCAGCCUUCGAGGGAACAACUUGAAAGGAGACAUCGUUCCAGAGCUGGGCUGUCUGACAGCGCUGCAGACCCUGAGCCUGCGGGACAACCACUUCAGCGGCGUCAUUCCGCCCGAGUUGGGACAGCUCACGGCCCUGAGGCAUCUGUUCAUGAACAACAACAUGCUCAGAGGGCCAAUCCCCGAGGAGCUGUCGCAGCUGGAGCAGCUGGAGCAACUCUUUCUUUCGGACAACGAGCUGGACGGCAAGAUUCCGGAAUCGUUCGGCCAACUCAUAAACCUCGAGGAACUGGUGCUAAGCGGCAACCAAUUUACCGGGAACAUUCCCGUGCAACUGUCGGAUCUCGUGGGCCUCGUGAGGCUCGAGCUGGACGGGAAUUGUCUUUCUGGUGACGUCCCUCCCAACCUUAGCGCGCUCUCCAACCUCAAGGUCCUUCACCUCAACAACAACUCGCUCACAGGUCCCAUCCCGUGUGAGCUGGGCAUGCUGAGCUGGUUGGAGAAGUUGGACCUAUCGAAGAACCAGCUUUCAGGGUGCAUUCCUCCGGAGCUAGGACAGCUCUUCUGCCUGGAGUUGCUCAUCCUCAACGACAACAAACUCAUCGGUGGGAUCCCGUGCGAGCUUGGACGCCUUCACCACAUCAACCUCCUCCUUCUCGACGGCAACCAUCUGUCUGAGUCGCCUCCGGUAGUGGGGGGCAAGGGGCUGCGGCAGUGGCAGGUCUCUCAGCGCAAGGCCUUCCUCAACAGCUGGAGCAUGGUGGACCGCCUGUCGCACCUCGAGGCGGAGAACGCGCAGCUCCGAAAGGAAAACGAUCUUUUGAGAAAGUCCAUCUCAAACGGUACGGCGAUCCCUCUCGCGGCCCGCCGUCAGGCUGGGGGGGUCACCAAGGUACCAAGCACCCGCGGCUUGAUCGGAAACAGCACCAUCGCCUCUGCGAGUACCAAAGCAGCAGCAGCAGGAGCGAGAAACAACAUGUCCCAUGCUGCUGAUGGCAGCGGCGGCGGCGGCGGCGAGGCUUCUUCAUCGCUGUCCGAAACCGCGGCCCCCGCCCCGCACGGGAGGCUGGGCGAUGGCACCGCCGCCGCCUCGGCACCACGACGAUCUCGGGGGGGGCGCGCUCGCGCCGGAGGAGCCCCUCCCAGCUCGCUACCCCCGACUUCGACCGAUCUGCCGAUCGCUCACGUGUCCACGUCGCCGCCGGCCGGUGAUGACGGCGGUAAGCUAGCGGUGGCAGUGGCGGGGCCGGUCGGGGUGACGACGCCCGCGCCGACCAAGGCGCGGCCCCCGCGGAGCUCCUUGCGACCCAGGAACCUCCGCUCUCAGCAGGCAGAGCCCCCCACGGUCGGAGAAGAAGAACGCCGCCUGGAAGUGGACAGAAACACGGCGAGGCGGGCGCUGCUGAACUCGGCGGUGCGUCGGGGGGGUUCGGGCGGCAGCGACGGAGGCUAUUCGUCCGGAGGGGGAGCGGGGGGUUGGGUCAGGGCUGAUGGUGGUCACGGCAGCAGCAGUGGAGGCAGCGCCGCCGGCGGCGGCGGGAGGUCGGCGGCGAGGCGCGGUAGCUCGGCCAGCGACGGGGCGGCGGCGGCGGCGGCGGACGGCUUGUCGCCCGGCGGGGAGGAAGGCAACACCGACCGUCUCCACGGGAGAGGGUUCUUUUCUGCUUCACCGAGAGAGGGAGAUAGCGGAGAUAGCGGCGGUGGCGGCGGCGGCGGCGGCGGCGGCGUGGUGAGAACGGUCUUUCCGAAGCCCGGAGGCGGCAGCGAUGGCGGCAGCGGCAGCGAGAUGCUCUCCCCCCUUCGUUCGCCCAUGCCCCGCCGCCAGGGGAGCGGGGGUCCGUCGACAGCGGCGGCGGAGGCGGCGGUGAACGUCGAGAGUGGUCGCCCGCUUGCCCCCGCGGUCGCGACGGAAGAGGCCUACAACCCCGCGUACAGCAGCGUGUGGGCUUCCUGGAUCGGGCUGGGUCCUUCGGCGCCGGAAGCAAGGGGAGGGGCGACAAACGGCGCGACCAACGGCGCCUCGGCGAGCAGCAACGGCGUUACGAGGGCAACGAACGGGGCGGGGGGGUCCAGGGAACCCGCGCAACAAGCGGAAGGUGCUGCCAGGAAUGGUUCGAGGGCCGCGUCGCCCCUGGGACAGAUGAUGAUGGGUCUCUUUCGAGGCGUCGGGAGCCCACCUCUCCAGCUCAGCCCGCAUCGCUUUGUUCCCGAGCAGAUGGCCGAUGGUGGUGGUGGCAAUGGCGACGACAACAUGAGCAGCAGCAGCAACAGCAGCAGCAGCAGCAGCAGCAGCAGCAACAGCGGCGGCGGCGGUGAGAACGGCCAGAGCGCUCCUGCCGCCGCCGGGGGCGCGCAGGCGGCGGGAGCCGUGCUCAACGCCGAAAAGCCCGAGUGAAGACAGGAGGGAUCUCGGGGGCGUCGAAGUCUGUCCGAUUCGCGCCGAGAGCGGCUGCGACGUCCCGCGCCGGUCGUCCGUGUGGACACAACCCUUCGAAAGUUCUCGCCCUGAGUUGUUCUUCUGCUAAUCAAACAGCACAAACACUGCUGCGAUGACGUCGGCGCUCCAUGUCGCUUAGUAGGCGGCGAGGGAGUAAUGGCUUGCGAGGGCAAUGAUGUGUGAUCAUCGGUUGUUAACGGACAUUCGCAGAAGCGCCGAGCGGGCCUCCUCCCGAGCCACUGCUUGGCAACCAGAGGGGGGCGAGCGUCCGUUAUGGUAGGGGGCAACAGGGAGCAAAGUGGUGGCAUCUGGCGUGGAGUAAUAUUUUUCGACAGGUCGAUACACGACGAUGCUCAAGUUUUUGUUCGAUACCAACAGGGGGAUCAAGGCACCACCACCGCGGCGGUUUAUUUUCUUCAAUUCUUGAUAUUUAUGUAAGCAAGAGCGCGCGCCGCGAAGCGGUCUUUGGCCUCUCGACGGCGGGAAGGACACAUGCCAAGAUGUUGAUGUGUUUCAGGUCUCACCGCGUUGUUGCUGUUGGUAGUCUAGUCUGAAAGGUUCAGCCAUUUCGUUGUUGCGUGUUUUGCAAUGUGCGAAUAAUGGCGUAUUAUAAAAUGGCGUGAUUUUGUUCGUUUGCGGUGUUGAACACGGUUUUUUUCAUUUUGCUGUCUGGUCUGACGUUCUUGUCUGCGAACGUUUUUUUUGCUCAUUUUUUUUCGUUGCGUCUAUUUCCUUCGAGUGUGUGCUGUCAAAGCAGAACAAGAGAGGGCGGGAGCGCAUCCGCCGCCUGCCUGCGUUGGGCAUUUUCGAAGAACAAAUAAGCAAGCUGUCCGUGUCUCGGGUCAUCGUUUGGCGUUUCUGAUGUUGUCGAACCCAGGCCUCGCAUGCCCCCGUGCGUGCUGCAACAUCACACCCACACACACCACGCCCAUCCACAGUCAGUCCGCUCACUCUUAUCUUGGCGGCGAGGCGGUCUUUUCGUAUUGUGCCGCUUUCAUAUUCUUGCCCUUCCACGUAUAACAAGUAUGAUGUGUGUAGAUGGCUCUGCACCAACAUCAUAAUUGUUGUUGGGGGGGAAGGCCUCCGUACUGCCAGGUCAAGACACCUGGACGAGAUGGGUUUUUGUGGCAUGUGCCAUACGUGUGUGUGGUUGCAGCGGCUGGAUUUGUUGUUUUCAUCCCUUGCCCUCCUUCAUCCACGCGUGUUCGUAUUGCAAACCGAAAACAGUAGUAGUGAGUGGUCAUGACGAAGAUCCUUUUUUCUAUAUGUCGAUUUGUUUGUUGUGUUCCCACCGU